AUGGUAAGCCACUCCCACACCGUGCCGCUGCUGAGCCCGGCAGCAGGAGGUGACCGCGAAGGGCUUCGGCGGCGGCGCGUCCUUUCCAAAGAUGGGCGCAGCAACGUGCUCAUCGAGCACGUGAGCGGCCGCCGAAGGCUUUACCUCCGAGACCUCUGGACAACUUUUCUGGACAUGCAAUGGCGCUACAAGUUCUUCUUGUUCUGCGCCACCUUCGCGGGGACCUGGUUCCUGUUCGGGGUCUUGUGGUACCUGGUGGCUGCCGUGCACGGUGACUUGACAGACUCUGCCUCAUCACUCAAUCACACGCCGUGCGUGACUGAAGUGCACACGCUAACGGGGGCCUUCCUGUUCUCGCUGGAAUCGCAGACCACCAUCGGCUAUGGCUUCCGCGUCAUCACCGAGGAGUGCCCCGCCGCCAUCGUGCUGCUCAUCUUCCAGUUGGUCGUCACCAUGGUCAUGGAAAUCUUCAUCACCGGCACCUUCCUGGCCAAGGUGGCGCGCCCCAAGAAGCGUGGCGAGACCGUUAAGUUCAGCCGGAACGCCGUGGUAUCCACGCAUGACGGGCGGCUGUGUCUCAUGGUCCGGGUCGCCAACAUGCGCAAGAGCUUGCUGCUGGGUUGUCAGGUGACAGGGAAGCUGCUCCAGACGUCAGUGGGCGAGGAGGGCGAGGCGCUGCAUCUGGACCAACGGAAUGUUUCCUUCCGGGUAGACACGUCCAGCGACAGCCCCUUCCUCAUCAUCCCGUUGACCUUCUACCACGUCAUCGACGACAGCAGCCCCCUGCGAUCCUGGGCUGCCCAAGGUGGCGGCUGGACGGCCGAUUUCGAGCUUCUGGUCAUCCUGAGCGCCACAGUGGAGCCCACGUCAGCCACCUGCCAGGUGCGCACUUCGUACCUCCCCGACGAGAUCCUUUGGGGCUACGAAUUCCCUCCAGUUAUGUCACUGAGCAUGUCCGGGGGCUACGUUGCCAACUUUGCCUUCUUCGACAAGGUGUCCAAAGCCAAAAUGCCACAGUCUGACAAGGCUGGCACGGACGUAGAGAAGUUGAGACCGGAACGUCUGAGUGUGCGGAUCAGUAACGUUUGA